AUGGCGUCCGCCGACGUCCUCGAGCUCAUCGCGGGCUACGUGUCCUGCCCGUUCACACUCCUCGCGCUGCUCGAGCUGCUGCCUCUGCAAGCGCUCUCGCGGCCCUUCCAGUGCUUGCGCCGGCUCGCAACCACGGUGCCCGUCGCGCGUCUCUGGCCCGAGCUCUCGUACGCGGCGGUCGCGGCCGAAGCCGAUGCGUUCGUCCUCGGCAUGGUCUGGCUCAAGCGUGUGCACGUGCUUCGCCUUGACGUGUGGCCGCGCGCCGAGCACAUUUCGAUCCUCUCGCACCUGCCGAUGACGGUGUCUGUCGCAAUGCCCGUUCCGAUCGCGAUUGCGUCUGCCUGGCACGGCCGCCAGCUCACAGCCUGCGCGCUCCACAUUCGCCGCGGCGACAAGGAGGCGCACCUCGAGGCGGUGGCCGCUUGGAUACGGUCGGCGCCGCAGCUCCGGCGGCUGCUCCUGUCGUUCGACAGCGCGGUUGCGACGCCCGCCACGGAAGCGCUGGUGCGGGCCAUUUGCAGCCUCAAGACGCUCACGUCGCUGCACUUGGACGUCUUUUGGCUCGACACGUGUCCGCCUUUUGUGCUGCAGCAACUCUUGCGCUGGCUUGGCCGGCACCGCGCCAUCGACGUCGGCUUCGGCAACCUCCGGGGCACGACGGCGUUGGCGCGCGCACUCCACGCGGCCCCGUCCGUGCAGUCGGUCACGUUUUCCGAAACCGAGCACAUGGCCAGCGUCCGACGCCUGCCAUACGCCCGACGGCUCGCGUCAGCGCUGCUCGGCGCGCAGCUCACGCACCUCGCACUGCGUCUCGAGACGGACCUCGUCGACGUCGUCACGUCCAUUGCGUCGCUCUCGCAUCUCGAAAGCCUGCACAUCAAGGCGCGUCCGCUGCCGCCGGUGACGGCCGAUUCGCUCGCCGCCACGGUGGCCGACCUCCCGCGCCUGAGUGCGUUCAAGUUUGA